GCUAAACUUGAAGAGCAAAAGCAGAAAUUACAAAACCACAUUGAAGAGGCAGGUGCAUGUGUAAAGAAUGUCGAGGAAAUGUUGAACAGAAAUGAGAUGGGAGAAAUUUUGGAAAUGAAGAAAGUAGUGUUAGAGCAGUUGCGUGAGUAUUCUAGUUUACCCUCAAAUCUGUCAAUGAAAGACACUAAGACUAUCCAAGACUUUGAAAUGGAAUUUCAAAAACAAGAAGURAAGCAAGACCUUGGAGAAGUGUUAAWGUCUUCUGGAUUUGCCUCAGCAGUUCCUUCACAUUCUGGUGCCUCAUCRUCUUGUAGAAGCUCCUCAUUUUCCAACAUGACAACUCUAGGAAGGAACUUUUCAAGUAAGGAGUUAUUGAAAAUCCCYCUAAGCAUUAMMCCAUACCGGUUGGCUGUUUGCCCUAGAACAGGAGAUAUAGCAUUGUUGUGUGAGGAUAACAAUGAAGUUCAACUUUAUGGCAAUAAAGGAAGACAUAAAAAAACUCUUUCCAUCAAAUCUGGACAACUCUCAGAUGUUGGUUUUACCAUUAAUGAUGAARUUGUUGUUGUGAAUCGAGAACACAAUCGUUUACUGUUGUAUGAAAAGAAUGGUCAAUUCAUUAACUUUGAAUUUCACAUCCCAAGAGAUUGUUUGAAGUACACAUAUGUGUCAGUUGAUUCAGAUGGUCGACUGAUUGUGACAUCAACAAAAACCACUUAUUACAACGAAGASUCAGGCACAGUUAUUCCUUGUAUCAUUGUCUACAACAACGGGUGUCCAGAGUCAUUUAAGAUGUUUGGAAGAAGAGCCUUACUCAAGCCAGUCUCUCGUGCCAUCUAUCAAAAUCGACAGUUUUACAUUGCUGAUAGGUGUGAUGAGGAAACUAUCAUUAGAUGCUUCUCCUUUCAAGGGGAACAUUCCUUAAACAUUGCAGUUCCUGGUUCAUCUGUCUAUUACUACUUGUCUAUCUCAUCCAUGCCUUGCUGUGGCACWGUCUUUGUGAUGACCUCAAGCUUUCAAUUAUUGGAUAAGGAUGAGCAUUGGUAUAGUUUUACAUAUAAUGACUUGAGUGAAGAGAACUUUGUUCUUAUCAUUCAGGGUAAUGAAGUUGUUGAAAGCAAAAAUCAGAAAACWUCUUCUCUUGUGCAACAUGCUGUGGUGAUUGAUCAUGACUCUCAAGGGUCCAUUACACAGGCAGAAAUCUAUGAAGAACUAGAGACAUUUGCUAUAGUUAAGUAUUCUUAAGUAGUACAAAGAAAGUAAAUAUCUUGAUGGGUAAAAAUGGACCAUGUACAACCAUGUACAGAUUUUGGAGAUAACACAGACUGGUUCCUGCAUGUUUCCAUCCCUGCUAGAGGAGCCUUAAUAGAUUUAACUUUUAGUGCAUUUUUUGAAGUGUUCCAGAACUAGAUGUUUUGCCCUGCCUAAGCUACUGCACUUGAUCCUCUUUCCUCAUCAAUAUUGGCUGGAUAACUUUCUGUCUGAGUAGUACUAUAUAGGAGAGCUGUCAUGACUGUAAACAAAUAUAUUAUUUAUUGCCAUUAUUAUCAUUAUGAUUUUAGCUUCAUUUUAGUUAUUGUUUUUCUUUCUUCAGUUUUUAUGUUUUAUUAGUAAGUGGAUUGAAUAUUAUAAAGUGAUAUUGUAAUGUAACUAGUAUUCUUCUUUCCUCGUUUUAAAGAGCCAUUGAGCUAUAUGGACAAAUAUUGCUAUAUAAAAUUAUUAUUAUUAUUGACAUUUUAAAGAAGUUAAAAUUUUAUCAGAAACAUAUAGUAAAAACUAUCCUAGUCUUGGUUAUCAGCUGGCAUGAAGGGAGUGUGUCAAAUGCCAAUKGCUGAAAACUGAGCCUACUGACCAACCACCGUACAUUGAGAUUGUCCUACAUGUAAGUGCAAGAGAUAUAUUGUGCCAAAAGAAAAACAAAAUCUCCAUCCCUGGGUAUAAACAAGGUUUGUGCUACUCUUUGAAAUCCUUGAGAAGCCCUAAAAAAAAUAAAUCAUAAAAACAUUUUUCCAGGAAUAAAAAGAUAUAUCUGUCUGUUAUAAUUAARGAGGGUCCUAUCAAAUAUCACUGACUUUUAUUUUAGGGGGCUUCCAAAAAUAAAGAUGACUUUGCUAUAAAGUCACCUGCAUCAUCAUGAUCUCCAACAUGGCAAAUAUGAAA